GACCAAGGAGAAGACCAGAGAAGUCUCCCCUUUCAUGUCGCAUAUAUUUAACUGUUCGAUUCAUCAGCUCGAACUGAGAAGGCGAGCUUGAGAGAGAUCCAUCAAUGGCGAGGAAAGGGGAAAGAAGAGGAAGACAACCGUGCUGUGAGAAAGAAGGGCUGAAGAGAGGCGCAUGGACUGCCGCAGAGGACAAGAAGCUUGUUGCAUAUAUUACCAUGCACGGCCACACCAACUGGCGAAAUCUUCCUAAACAAGCUGGUUUGCUGCGAUGUGGAAAGAGCUGUAGGCUAAGAUGGAUUAAUUACUUGAGGCCAGAUGUGAAGAGAGGAAACUUCACCAAGGAAGAGGAAGAUACCAUCAUCAGUCUACACUCAGAGUUGGGCAACAAAUGGUCUAAAAUUGCUUCUUAUCUUCCCGGGAGGACGGACAACGAGAUCAAGAAUUUAUGGCACACACACAUAAAGAAGAAGAUUGCUCAAGGAGAAGCAAGUUCGAGUUCUUCUUCCAAGCAAGAAUCCUAUGAAAUAAAGCCAAAUCAAAGCAUAAUUUUACAUGAAUACAAUUCUGCUGAAGAGUUGAGCAGUUCCCAGAUGUUAUGGAGAGAAGAGCUCAAUGGAGUGAUGGAUUUUAUGAUGAUGCCAGAGGAGGAUGAGGGAUAUUAUAAUGGGUUAGUUUAUUUAGAGAGUGAGAUUGACUUGUGGGGACAAAUGAACUGAAUUAUAUUAACAAAGAGUUGUA